GCCCCGCGCCCCGCGCCCCGCCGGGAAGAUGCGCCUGCCCGCGGAAUGGCUCCUCUUGCUCUUUGGCCCGUGGCUCCUGAGGCAGGCCGUGAGUGCCCAGAUACCCGAGUCUGGGAGGCCUCAGUACCUGGAGCUGCGCCCCGCCGCGGCCGGAGAGGGCGCCCCGGGCCAGCAGCUCCCGGCGCCCAAGUCUCCCGACGGCCUGGGGCCCUCGCGCGCCUGGAGCUGGGCGUGGCCGGUUAACCACACGGGCGCCCUGGCCCGGCCGGGGCUGGCGGGCGCCCUGCCGGCGCAGCGCACCAAGAGGAAGCCGUCCAUCAAAGCGGCCCGCGCCAAGAAGAUCUUCGGCUGGGGGGACUUCUAUUUCCGGGUGCACACCCUCAAGUUCUCGCUGCUGGUGACGGGCAAGAUCGUGGACCACGUGAACGGCACCUUCAGCGUGUACUUCCGCCACAACUCCUCCAGUCUGGGCAACCUCAGCGUCAGCAUCGUGCCGCCCUCCAAGCGGGUGGAGUUCGGGGGCGUCUGGCUGCCGGGGCCCGCCCCCCACCCGCUGCAGUCCACGCUGGCCUUGGAGGGAGUGCUCCCGCGGCUGGGGCCCCCGCUGGGCAUCGCCGCUCCGGGCCCCGGGCUCGGGGGCGCCCUCGGGGGCGCGCUGGCGGGCCCCCUCGGGGGCGCGCUGGGAGUGCCCGGGGCCAAGGAGUCCCGCGCCUUCAACUGCCACGUGGAGUACGAGAAGACGAACCGCGCGCGCAAGCACCGCCCGUGCCUCUACGACCCGUCGCAGGUGUGCUUCACCGAGCACACGCAGAGCCAGGCCGCCUGGCUCUGCGCCAAGCCCUUCAAAGUCAUCUGCAUCUUCGUCUCCUUCCUCAGCUUUGACUACAAACUGGUGCAGAAGGUGUGCCCGGACUAUAACUUCCAGAGCGAGCACCCCUACUUUGGAUAGCGCGCCCCCACCCUGUCGCCCCAGGCUCCGAACUCCCGGCCAAAUCCUCGCCCCCUGAACGCCCCCAGGUGCUCGUCACCUUCACCCAGACCUAGACCCCUUCCCCACCCCCCAUGCCCCGCAGCUCCUGCGGCCACGGCCACCCGUUCCGUUUGGGGGCGGGGCGGGGCAGAGGGGAGCAGCUCUCCUAGGGACCACCGGGGAGGGGGUCCCCUUUCCUUUGUGGGAAGUGAGAGAUCACGAGAUGAGAGUGGGGGUAGCCCUCUACCAGCGCCCAAAGUGGAGCGGGUAAGAGCACCGAAUAGGAGGGGUCUGGACGCAGGGGCGUCCCCUAAGGCCACACUGGGUCGGUUCCCCGGUUGCCCCGGCGUUGGGCCGGACACUCCCUUCGCCCGCAGCUUUAAAGACGCCUGGCACCCUCAUCUCCGUCCCGCCACCCCACUUUCUUGCCCCUAGGUGCUUGUCACCUUCACCCGGACCUAGACCCCUGUAAAGGCUGCCCCUGCCCCUCCCCCUCUGCCUGCGUAUGCCUGUCCGCCUCCCCCACAACCCCGUUAGGGUAGCAGAAGCACAACUCUCGCCCCACCCUGCCCCGUCCCUCCCGAACCUGCAGUUCUGCUCCUCCCAACCCUCUCCCGCUACUUCCUCCCCGCGGUAUUUCUGUUUUUCUACGC